ACGUAGCAUUGGUAGCAUCUCUACUUGGUCUGUGCACGGCGUGGAGUCGACGCCAUCUUGUUGUGGUGGGUCAAACAUUCUAUAAGUUAGUAUUAGGCGCAUUUAAUACGGUUGAAUGUGUUUUACAUUUUUACAGUUUCAGAUUAUUCAAUCUGGUAGUUUCUACGAUUAUGAGCCCACAGUACAAAAGCUGAAUUUUUAUAUAGAUGCAGGUUACGCAGAAGAGCCUAACGUCAGAAGAGUCGGUGUGCAGGAAGAAUAUAUAAAAUUCCGACCGUCACCCAAUUUUAAAAACAUGAAAAAGUUUUUAAAAAACAGGAGUAAUCAUCACUCGGUAACUCCUGAACCCCAAUGCGAAAAGUUGGAUCGAAAAGAAAUAAAACCGGUGGUAGUGCAACCGCCACUACCACCAUACCCACCACCACCUGAUAGUCCUCCGAAUCUAAAUAUUGUUAUUAAACAAGAAAAAGAGGAUGAUGAUGAGUCACAAAGCAGCUCAGGUGGAGAGGGGGAUCAUAGCCAAGAGCUAACAACAUCAGAAGAGCGUGCUGUAGAACAGACAGAAGAACGUCCCAAGAAAGAAAUCUGCAAAGAAUUUAUUAGAGGCAACUGCAAGAGGCCUGUAUGCAGAUAUGCACAUGAAGUCGACGUAUCUCAGUUGGCUGGAGUAUAUACAUUCUGCUGGAAUUACCAGAAUGCUGUGUGUACAUUUCCAAAUUGCCGGUUUGUACAUGCAUCAGUAUUUGAAGAAGCUGAAUUUUAUCGAACUGGAGUCCUGCCACCACAUGCUAGAAGUCAUCUCAAAAAACCAUCACCUACAUCAGAAGAGACCCAGCAAGAGAUGAAACCAUCUAACUUUACAAACCUUCCUCCACCAGUUCAUCCAACUGUGGAUAAAUCUCUGCCCAUCCUUAGCUGUGUACCUACAAGCACCAUUGAACAAAGACCUGAAGAUGAAAUGAGAAACUUGUUGUCACGCAAUGUUUCUCCUUUUAAACGGGGCAUUGAGGAAUUCACCGGCUCGCCACGUGAACUUGAAGUCAGUGAACAUUUGGCGAAAAAGUGUAAAAACUGCGACAUUGGAGAGUUCAGUUUAAAAUAUAAUAAAGAGAUGAUGGAGAAUAUUUCCCAAUCGUCAGAGGAAAUUAUCAAGAAAAUUGCACAAAUUUCUAAGAAAAGCACGAAAUUGUUGAAUGUCUUGUAUACAGUUGUCAAACAAAUGAGUUGGAACAAGACUGCAACUGUUAACAACGGGAUUAUUAGUGCAGAUAAAGAGAAGGCAUUCCUGGAUCAGCUCAACACUUACCUUAGCAACACAAACAACAGGAUGUCAUCUCUCACGGUUAUCAAUGAUGACAAUUUAAAGAAUAUGCAGGGAGGCAACAUGAACUUGACGAGUUUGAUGGCGAAAAUCCUCUGCAGCGCUAGCGAGCAAGCCCUACCUAACGAGUCCUCUCGAGAAACUUAGCAAAGAAACAACGCGAGAGCGCUCCGCUAGCACGAAAUGCAGGUGCACAGAAAAAGUCAUACUUUUCUUUAUCCGUUUUUGGACACAUUUUCAUGAAUAACAACAAAGCUUCUGGCGGUAGGGCUCCGCUAGCUGACAUCGAAUAUAUUUACCUCCGAUAUACAGGGUGUUAGUGACAUCGUAACGAAAAUGAAAAUGGAUCGCCUAUUUGAUUGUAUUAAAAACGAUGGUGGGUUAUACGAUGGUAGGAUUCUGAGUUAAUAUUAAGUGGAAUUUUCUGUCGUCUGCAUUCGUGUUUUUUUUUAUUAUUUUCAAUUCUAUACUUUUGCGAUGGAAAAUUCCACUAGAUAUUAGCUCAAAUUAAUGAGCUAAAUCUUCCCCCUCAUUAGUCGUUACCAUGUCACAAAAAAGCCGCCAAGUACAUAUAAGUAGCCAUACAAGUACGUAUGGGUGCUAUUGACAUCGUAACGAAUACUGAGGGUCGUGAUUCAGACCAUGGUUCUGUGAUGAUAUCAAGUGGAAUUUCCUGUUAGAAAAUUCAUGAAAACGAGUAUGGGCGAAUCUGGUCCAAGAACUUUUAAAUAUGAAAUGAAAGCUUAUGCUUUCCUUAUGAUUCUGGCAAAGUUUUAUCAGAUUCUGACCCGGGGUUCUUUUUUUACGUCCAUGUUUGUCCUGGCUAAAAUUGUGACAAAAUACAAUGGGGGACUAAAAUCGACUCAAGAUUUGUUGCUGAAUAACUAAGUCUACAUAAAUAAUUAUGUAUCAUAAUGUAUAUCAUUUUAAAGAGGAACUUUAUCAGAAUCCGAAACAAAACAAAGAAGAAAACAAAAGGUUUACGUAAGCUAAUUAUAGUCAACUUACAUCUGCAGCGGCAUUGUUUCUGGGUAGUUCGAGUUUCGUGCGAAUUACCCCUUCCAAAAGUAUCUUACCGAUUUAUUUUUAUAUUGCUUCCUGAAUCUGAUCUGAGUGAUAAUAACAAGAAAAAAAAGAUUUACAUUGACUAUAAUUAGCUUACGUAAACCUUUUGUUUUGUUUCUGAUAAAGUUCCUCUUUAAAAUGAUAUACAUUAUGAUACAUAAUUAUUUAUGUAGACGUAGUUAUUCAUAAACAAAUCUUGAGUCGAUUUUAGUCUAUUUUUAGUCAGGACAAACAUGGACGUAAAAAAAAAUCCCCGGGACAGAAUCUGAUAGAACUUUGCCAGAAUCAAGCAUUCAUUUCAUAUAAGUCUCAUCAGUGGAGGUUCUUGGACCAAGUUUCAUACAAACGUGCCCUUUGGCAUAUUUUUUUUUAAACAUUUUCUGUUCCUUGCUUUUGCGACGGAAAAUUCGACUUUCCAAUUUUAGUAUCAACUAAGAAUCACGUUCUGAUCAUCCCUCAAAGUUUUUGUUACGAUGUCACUACAGCCUGUAUAGGUGGGUAGAUAAUUAUUGCGACCGGCCAAACAAGAUUGAGGACUAACUUAUUUUUUAUUAAAAACAAAAUGUAUACAAAUCUGAUCAUACAGUACUGUGUUAUUUUGAUUAAAAUGAUAAUGAUGAAAUGAUACGAUUAUAGAUUCCUGUAGGAUAUAUUUUUUUAUAUGAGAACUUCCUACGAUACUUUACAUAAAUGAGUCCUUAAUUGUCGUUGUACUUUUAUUUUUACAUGAUUACAAUAAUAAUUUAAUAAUUUCCAUAGGUGAGUAAAGUGCACACGGCCAAUAAUUGAUAUUUAUUUUUAUUUCUUGACUAGUAUACUACUAAAAUAAUUAAUUUCUUGUGAUAAGGAUACGGUUAGAAAGAUUUGAAUAUAAAUAAACGAUGUAUUUAUGUCGUGGCCAGAUCUUAGAUUUGAUCAUUUCAUGAAAUAUGACCAUUUCAUGAAGGUCGAACACAUCAUUAAAUGAUCAAUUCUACGAUCUGGCCACGACAUAAAUACAUCGUUUAUUUAUAUUCAAAUCUUUCUAACCGUAUCCUUAUCACAAGAAAUUAAUUAUUUUAGUAGUAUACUAGUCAAGAAAUAAAAAUAAAUAUCAAUUAUUGGCCGUGUGCACUUUACUCACCUAUGGAAAUUAUUAAAUUAUUAUUGUAAUCAUGUAAAAAUAAAAGUACAACGACAAUUAAGGACUCAUUUAUGUAAAGUAUCGUAGGAAGUUCUCAUAUAAAAAAAUAUAUCCUACAGGAAUCUAUAAUCGUAUCAUUUCAUCAUUAUCAUUUUAAUCAAAAUAACACAGUACUGUAUGAUCAGAUUUGUAUACAUUUUGUUUUUAAUAAAAAAUAAGUUAGUCCUCAAUCUUGUUUGGCCGGUCGCAAUAAUUAUCUACCCACCUAUACAGGCUGUAGUGACAUCGUAACAAAAACUUUGAGGGAUGAUCAGAACGUGAUUCUUAGUUGAUACUAAAAUUGGAAAGUCGAAUUUUCCGUCGCAAAAGCAAGGAACAGAAAAUGUUUAAAAAAAAAUAUGCCAAAGGGCACGUUUGUAUGAAACUUGGUCCAAGAACCUCCACUGAUGAGACUUAUAUGAAAUGAAUGCUUGAUUCUGGCAAAGUUCUAUCAGAUUCUGUCCCGGGGAUUUUUUUUUACGUCCAUGUUUGUCCUGACUAAAAAUAGACUAAAAUCGACUCAAGAUUUGUUUAUGAAUAACUACGUCUACAUAAAUAAUUAUGUAUCAUAAUGUAUAUCAUUUUAAAGAGGAACUUUAUCAGAAACAAAACAAAAGGUUUACGUAAGCUAAUUAUAGUCAAUGUAAAUCUUUUUUUUCUUGUUAUUAUCACUCAGAUCAGAUUCAGGAAGCAAUAUAAAAAUAAAUCGGUAAGAUACUUUUGGAAGGGGUAAUUCGCACGAAACUCGAACUACCCAGAAACAAUGCCGCUGCAGAUGUAAGUUGACUAUAAUUAGCUUAUGUAAACCUUUUGUUUUCUUCUUUGUUUUGUUUCGGAUUCUGAUAAAGUUCCUCUUUAAAAUGAUAUACAUUAUGAUACAUAAUUAUUUAUGUAGACUUAGUUAUUCAGCAACAAAUCUUGAGUCGAUUUUAGUCCCCCAUUGUAUUUUGUCACAAUUUUAGCCAGGACAAACAUGGACGUAAAAAAAGAACCCCGGGUCAGAAUCUGAUAAAACUUUGCCAGAAUCAUAAGGAAAGCAUAAGCUUUCAUUUCAUAUAAAAGUUCUUGGACCAGAUUCGCCCAUACUCGUUUUCAUGAAUUUUCUAACAGGAAAUUCCACUUGAUAUCAUCACAGAACCAUGGUCUGAAUCACGACCCUCAGUAUUCGUUACGAUGUCAAUAGCACCCAUACGUACUUGUAUGGCUACUUAUAUGUACUUGGCGGCUUUUUUGUGGCAUGGUAACGACUAAUGAGGGGGAAGAUUUAGCUCAUUAAUUUGAGCUAAUAUCUAGUGGAAUUUUCCAUCGCAAAAGUAUAGAAUUGAAAAUAAUAAAAAAAAACACGAAUGCAGACGACAGAAAAUUCCACUUAAUAUUAACUCAGAAUCCUACCAUCGUAUAACCCACCAUCGUUUUUAAUACAAUCAAAUAGGCGAUCCAUUUUCAUUUUCGUUACGAUGUCACUAACACCCUGUAUAUCGGAGGUAAAUAUAUUCGAUGUCAGCUAGCGGAGCCCUACCGCCAGAAGCUUUGUUGUUGUUUUGUUGAUAUAUUUUUUUAUAUGAGAACUUCCUACGAUACUUUACAUAAAUGAGUCCUUAAUUGUCGUUGUACUUUUAUUUUUACAUGAUUACAAUAAUAAUUUAAUAAUUUCCAUAGGUGAGUAAAGUGCACACGGCCAAUAAUUGAUAUUUAUUUUUAUUUCUUGACUAGUAUACUACUAAAAUAAUUAAUUUCUUGUGAUAAGGAUACGGUUAGAAAGAUUUGAAUAUAAAUAAACGAUGUAUUUAUGUCGUGGCCAGAUCUUAGAUUUGAUCAUUUCAUGAAAUAUGACCAUUUCAUGAAGGUCGAACACAUCAUUAAAUGAUCAAUUCUACGAUCUGGUCACGACAUUUAUAAGGUUUCUUAAAACGGUCCGACGGCCUUUCGGCCACUAUAUAUUACGACUAUAACGGUUGUUAGUGACAUCAUAACGAAAUAACGAGGGAUGAUUCAGAUCAUGAUUCUAGUUAAUAUCAAGUGGAAUUAUCCGUCGCAAAAUUCAUGAUUUUUUAUAUCUUUAAAUUAUUUUCCAUUCUAUACUUUUGCGAAGUUUCAGAAUAAUGAACCGAAUCACCCCCCUCAGUAUUCGUUACGUUGUUACGUACAAGUAGGUACAGGUAGCCAUACAAGUGCGUAUGGGUGAUAGCGACACCAUAAAGAAUACUGAGGGGGAUGAUUCAGAUCAUGAUUCUGAGUUGAUAUCAAGUGGAAUUUCCUGUCGGAAAAUUCAUGAGAAUUUUAGUGUUUUUUCAAUUAUUUUCAGUUUCAUACUUUUUUGCGUCGGAAAAUUCCACUUGAUAUCAACUCAGAAUAAUGGUCAUAAUCCCUCAAAAUUUUCGUUACCAUGUCACUAACAGAUACUGGAGAACCGAUAUUAUCUUAAGAAAUAGCCCAAUUACAAAACUAUUUAUUUCGUUGUUUAGCACAGCGCAAAUAAAUAACAUUGGGUAGGUAUUACGAAAGAUGAAUAUUGUAAUAUUUUCUAAUACUAAAUUGUUUUUCAUAACCUGUACAACAUCACUUUUUUCUAAGUUACAUUAUGUUUAUAAUGGAGUAUACAAAUGUAGUCAUAGUUUAAACUAUACUAUAAUUUGUCUUUAAGCUAGCAUGCGCAUUUAGAACUACACCGGUAAACUGUUAUAUCAGAUACAGAUUGACUACCAAAUACAGGAACUGCUUCAGAAACCGAUAUAUUCUAUUCCAUUUGCACAUUAUGAUAAGUUUAGGAGUAUUGUUAGCAUAGUAUUUAUCUUUUGUUUUGUAAAUCCUUAUAUAUAAAUACCCUAUUGUAGAAUUCGGCGAAAUUAUAUGACUUUAGUAACGUUAGUAAUCAGUGCUCUGUGGAAUUAGAUGACAGAUAUUUUUAAAAUGUACUAAUAUACCUUUGUAAAACAUACGUAAAGCGAAUAAAUACACUAGAAAUAAUAACAGGCUGAAAGUACCUGACAAUAUACAAUUAUCGAUGUUCAAAAUUAAUCCAUAAAGACCCAGAGUUAUACGACACUUGGUAUCACUAAAAGUAUUUUUUUAAACAGUGGUAAUGUUAUGUUUGAUAACAGGUAUUUGAAAUUGUCAUUGAAACGUUUUGUCAGUUUAUUAAGUGUCCCUUAGGUGUCUGAAGAUUUGUUCUGUUAAUGUUCUGAAAACCAUUAGUCAAUUUGUAUAAUACUUGCUGUAUUUGAAGGGCCAACAGAUUCUAUGUAUCGGCACCAUCGCUAGCCUUAAAUAAAUAAUUCCAUACA